UAUAUACUUAUUUUUAACUUCUCUUAGGAAAUUCUCAACUUUAAUGUGUAUAGAACAUUUUUUAAAUAAUAAACUAAAAAACACAAACAAUUACAGAAAACGUGAGCUUUUUCUUUGCACACCUCCAAUAACACAUAUGCCUUCUGUAUUAUUUUCUGGUACUAGAGAAUUACCUGCCAUUGUUGUAUCUCCUGCAACUAGUAGAGACUCUUCACUAAAAUCAAGAUCUAAACCUUUUAAUUUUUGCAAAUAAUUCAUAAAGGCUUUCUCAUUUAAUCAUUUAAUCAUUCAAUUAUUCA